UCUAACUGAAGUGUUGGAGCCAUGGAAAACACUGCCCCUUUCCCUGGCAAGAAAACUCAUAUUUCUAAUGGUGCUCCAGAUGAGGAGGACCAGGUCUGCUUGCAGGCGCAAGAACUCAUGUUCGCAUACAACAACUCCCUGGUCCUCAGGGCGGCCAUCCAGCUCGGCCUCCUCGACGCGCUCUGCGCGGCUCCCACCGCUCUGACCGCCGGCGAGCUCGCCGAGCAAAUCAAGGCCGCGGACAAGGCCGAGGCCACCGCCUCGGUGGACAGGAUCCUUGUCUACCUCGCGUGCUUCAACGUGGUGAGGUGUUCCACUGAGAUGACCGGCCUCGGCGGAGCAGUUCGACGUCGGUACACGCCGGCGCCGUUGUGCCGGUGGCUCACCAAGAACGACGGCAAGGGGUCGCUGGGCCCUUUCGCCGUGUUCCUCGGCGACCCGGACCAUGUGUUGCCCUGGCAUCACAUAGCCGACACGGUGGUUUCCGGUGACCCGUCGUCGCCGUUCGAAAGGACCCAAGGGAUGCCUUUCUUCGACUACUUGGGGAAGAACCAGCGGCUGGGCACGAUGUUCGACCACGCCAUGGCUGAGCACUCGGUGAUACUGGUCACCAAGAUGGUCGAGUAUUUCAGAGGAUUCGAUGAUGUUCGGCAGCUUGUUGAUGUUGGCGGUGGCACGGGCAAUACCCUGGAGAUGAUCACUUCCCGGUACAAGCAUAUCAAGGGCAUCAACUUCGAUCUUCCUCAUGUUAUAUCUCAGGCUCCGUCUCUUCCAGGUGUGGAACAUGUUGCCGGAAAUAUGUAUGAGAGCGUACCCUUUGGAGAUGCAGUUCUUUUGCAGUGGAUCCUCCUUAUGCAGACCGAUGAACAAUGUCUCAAGAUCCUGAAGAACUGCUACAAAGCACUCCCGGAAGGCGGGAAGGUGAUCGUUAUAGACGGCCUCCUUCCUGAAACUCCAGACGCGAAAUCUCCAGCUGCAAGGGAUGCGUUCACCUUGGAUAUGUGUAUGUUUGUCCUGUUCAAGGGAAAGGAGAGGACGGAAAGGGAGUUCACCAAGCUUGCUAGGGAGUCUGGCUUCACUGGUGCGGUCCGGACAACCUACAUAUUCUUGAACUUUUAUGCGAUCGAGUUCACCAAGUAGAAAGUCCAACAUGCCAUUGCCAGCAUGGUAUUGAAUAAAGAGCUGAUGGCUCGCGUGCGUGCGUCAGCAUGAUCUGUUUGUAUGCCCAUUUGUGUCUGUCAUUAUGGUGAUUCGAUCUAUGAACAAUGAAACAAAAGCUCA